GCCAAUGAAGCGUACUGGUAGGGUCGCGGUGGGCGGGCCGUCGACCCUCCGCUAUAAGGCGGUCCCGGGGCGGGGGAGUGAGGAGAAAGGGGGGGUCUCGGCGGCAGGAGGAGGAGUAGGUGCGGGUGAAGAUGGCGGCAGCCGAGGCCGCGAACUGCAUCAUGGAGGUGUCCUGUGGCCAGGCCGAGAGCAGCGAGAAGCCCAAUGCCGAGGACAUGACAUCCAAGGAUUACUACUUCGACUCCUACGCCCACUUCGGCAUCCAUGAGGAGAUGCUGAAGGACGAGGUGCGUACGCUCACCUACCGCAACUCCAUGUUCCACAACCGGCACCUCUUCAAGGACAAGGUGGUGCUGGACGUGGGCUCGGGCACGGGCAUCCUCUGCAUGUUCGCCGCCAAGGCCGGAGCCCGCAAGGUCAUCGGGAUCGAGUGCUCCAGCAUCUCUGAUUACGCCGUGAAGAUUGUCAAAGCCAACAAGCUGGACCACGUGGUGAUCAUCAUCAAGGGAAAGGUGGAGGAGGUGGAGCUGCCCGUGGAGAAGGUGGACAUCAUCAUCAGCGAGUGGAUGGGCUACUGCCUCUUCUACGAGUCCAUGCUCAACACGGUGCUGUACGCCCGCGACAAGUGGCUGGCUCCCGACGGCCUCAUCUUCCCCGACCGGGCCACCCUGUACGUCACCGCCAUCGAGGACCGCCAGUACAAAGACUACAAGAUCCACUGGUGGGAGAACGUGUAUGGUUUUGACAUGUCCUGCAUCAAAGAUGUGGCCAUCAAGGAGCCCCUGGUGGAUGUGGUGGACCCCAAGCAGCUGGUCACCAACGCCUGCCUUAUAAAGGAGGUGGACAUCUACACCGUCAAGGUGGAAGACCUGACCUUCACGUCCCCGUUCUGCCUGCAAGUGAAGCGCAAUGACUACGUGCACGCGCUGGUGGCCUACUUCAACAUUGAGUUCACGCGCUGCCACAAGCGCACGGGCUUCUCCACCAGCCCCGAGUCCCCGUACACACACUGGAAGCAAACCGUCUUCUACAUGGAGGAUUACCUGACAGUGAAGACGGGCGAGGAGAUCUUCGGCACCAUCGGCAUGCGGCCCAAUGCCAAGAACAACCGCGACCUGGACUUCACCAUCGACCUGGACUUCAAGGGCCAGCUGUGUGAGCUGUCCUGCUCCACCGAUUACAGGAUGCGCUGAGCCGGUGCCAGCUUCCCCCGCCCCACCUCACCGGCCAGCCCUGCGUGGCCAGCAGUGUUCCUAGGUGGUUUCGGGGCUCCCCUUUCCUCUCCCUCUCUUACACAGAAGGGGGUUUUAGGGGGCUGGGCUGGGGGGAUGGGAAGGGCACAUUGUGACUGUGUUUUUCAUAACUUAUGUUUUUAUAUGGUUGCAUUUACGCCAAUAAAAUCUCAGUUGGGACCCAGCUCGCCUUCCUGGCUCAGGGAGGGGACCUGCUGGUGCCAUGGGUC